AUGCCGAUGCCCAUUAACGAGUUCAUCUAUAUCCCACCACAGGACCGGGAGCUCCUGAGACGGCUGGUAGAGCUGCUCCAAGAAUACCCCGAUGUCGCAGCAUUGUCAGCUCUGUCACCAUCGUCACCGCCGCCCGCUACGAUAGAGGGCUCCACAACGACUGCGAAGACUGCGGCCAAGGGCAUGCCCACGAACAAGCCCCUGGCAAAUCCGCCUUCUGAAUGUGUGGCCGCCCUCAAACUCCCGAUACAGGACUUGCAGCGACCGGAAGCAACGCGACACAGAAUGCAUGCGACCCACUAUGGCAGAGGGGGAAUCAAGUGGACGUCACUGGGGCACGGGUUCAGGUACACGCCGGGUCCGUCCGUGGCGACGCCGUGGCAGCAGUGGACAUGGUGCGACGCAGUCGGGCAGCUGGUACGGUGUAUCCUUGCGCUCGUUGUGCUAUGUGCUGCAUACAUGCUGCGGAGUAUGGUUCACCAGUGA